AUGGGCUGUAACAUGUGUGUGGUGAACCGGCCGGAGCAACAGUACAAAGUUAUGUUCCAGAAGGGAUACAUAAACGGGACACUGAGACCUCUUGAUGGACAUUGCAACAAGGUCAAAGGAAGGAGACCAUCUCAGCUGCCCCAGGAGAGAAAUACUCCAAACUCCAACUCCCAGGGUCCUUUGCUGCUGCAGGUGGUGGGAUGUAGAGGCUACCGGAGUAAUGGUGGCACCUUGGGGCCAGGGGGUACCCUGGGUAAUGUAGGCACCAUGGGGCUGGUGUCCAUCCCAGACUGUGUGGAUAACUGCACUCAGACUGACAUUAGCUUCCAGAAUAUUCUGACCGUGGGGAGGUCAACCCACCACCAACCCCAUGGCGGCUCCUCACCCACGCAACCACCACCCUCUCCUCCACUGCCUCACCUCAUGGACCCUUAUCUACUGAAUGAGUUAUGUACCUACGAUCACGAGUACAACGAUCCCAACGACUACUUUGACAUAGCUCACCACGAAGUGGACCGACAAGAGGAACUGGAGUACGAGGAGGUGGAGCUGUAUAAGUCCAGUCAACAGGACAAGCUGGGGUUGACAGUGUGUUACUGUACAGAUGAUGAGGAGGACCUGGGAAUAUAUGUAGGAGAGGUCAAUCCCAACAGUAUAGCAGCAAAGAACGGACGUAUUCGUGAGGGAGACAGAAUUCUGCAGAUAAAUGGUAUUGAAAUCCAGAACAGAGAAGAGGCGGUGGCCAUUUUGACCAGAGAGGACAGCAUCAACUUCUCACUGCUGCUGGCCAGACCUGACAUAGAGAACGAGCACCAGGUGGGUCCAGAGGAGGUGGAUAUGGAGAUACCUCUCAGCAUGAAUGUUGAGGCCCUCCACACCUGCCACCUGCCCAGCCUCUACAGAGAAGGGCCACACACCCCCACCCACAUCCUUAGUCUGACUACUCUCAGUAACAGUCAGGAGCUGGACAGUGGCGUGGGCCGUACAGACGAAAGCACCCACAACGCUGAGUCCUCUGAACAUGACCUGCUGGGAGAGGACCAGGACCAGACCAGCGCCCCAAACACCAACACAACCAACACCCCAGGCAGCAUGAGGAAGUUCAGGCCUGGGAAUACACCCUCGUCCCCCUCGCCCCACCUCCAAGAGAUCUACCUCAGUAAUGACUCCCAGCCAAGUGUGGGGCUGUAUGUAGGAAAGGGACUGGGAGGGGGUUUGGGGACAGGGUUGGGGUUGGGGUUGGGGGGGUACGUACCCGACCCACUGAUGAUGAUGAUGAUGAUGCCGGGUCUGACUGAGGAAGAGUGUGAGAGGUACAGGGAGCUACUAGAGAUCCGGUGUCAGUUUGAAAGGAACAGGAAGCUUGCUGAGAGAAGCCAGGGAGGAAGAUCAGGGACUGAGGAGGAGGAGGAGGAGGAGGAGGGUGAGAUGUGUGAGGGUGAAGGGGGGAGUGACCCAAAAGUCGAUGUAAACUGCAACGAGAGCAUGACGCAACACGAGAUGGCGUUGUUAGAGGAGGAACUACGUCAUCUAGAGUUUAAGUGCCGCAACAUCCUGAGAGUGCAGAAGAUGCAACAGCUGAGAGAACGAUGCAUGAAGGCGUGGCUUCUGGAGGAGGAUGUUGUUGGCCGUGGAGCCCUACCCACUGGUUCUGAACCCGCACCAGACCACGACACAGACCCAGAGCCUGCCAACGAGCUCCACCGCAAGCUAUCGGACAUCAAUGAGCUCCCUGAGCGGGAGAGAUCCGACCCAGACCCAGACCAGGACAAAGACAGCACCAGCGCCUACAACACAGGGGGAGAGAGCUGCAGGACCACCCCUCUGGUCAGCACCGAGUUACUCCCUCUGUCCUUGUCCAUCCAGGAAGAGGGUAGAGGAGGGGACACACCCAACAGACACAGCCGAGACGGGGCUGACAAGGUCGGGUCUCGGCGGGGAUGGGAGAAAGGAGGACAUGGUAGUCUGAAUGGUUCCUUCUCUCCCAACAGCUACAGGAAGUACCAGAUCCAAAUGACCAACGCCAGCACAAGCCCCGUCCAUCCAAAAUUCUGGUCUCUGACCCGGGGGGAUAACGUUGUCGGGGUGGGGUCAUCAUCGCAGAGGGGGAUAGCUGAUGGCGGAACAACCACAACACCCCCACGGAAGUCCCCCAGAGCUAACCCCACACACCACGACAGGUCAGGGUGUCCAACCGCAGAGUCCAGCCCAUACUUCACCCGGCGUCGCCAAGGCAACAAGCCUCCGGCACCGAAACUCUACCAUAGAUGCAUGCAGCUGCCGUGGAGCGACCCGGAGGUCCGGAUGGACUCCCUGGACUCUGUAGACCGAGCCGUGGUCCCGGGGAGUGGGGGUCUAGGCGAGAGAGGGGCUGCAGCGGGCAGCAGUGGUCAGGCCAGUCCCAGGAGUGUUAUUGGUGCCCCAACAGACAGCACCGAGGCCCAGGACAGCCACACCGGCCUCCCCCUACACCUCCCUCUGCAGCCGGGGCCGGCUUCACCUCGCAUGGAGUGGAAGGUGAAGAUCCGUAGCGACGGGACGCGCUACGUUGCCAAGCGACCAGUGAGGGACCGCCUCCUUAAAGCCCGGGCCAUUAAGAUCAGAGAAGAGCGCAGCGGCAUGACGACGGACGACGACGCGGUCAGCGAGAUGAAGCAGGGACGUUAUUGGUCGAAGGAGGAGCGUAAACAACAGCUGCUGAGGGCCAGGGAGCACCGGCAGCGCCGUGAGUUCAUGAUGCAGAGCCGGCUGGACUACCUGAAGGGAGACAGAGACCUACAGGAGGGACCUGUGGACAGGAAGGCUACAGGAGUACCUCCAGGCCUGCAGGGGGAGACAGGUGGUAGUCCCAGUAUCCUGGCCCUCAGCCAGAAGAAGUUCAUGAAGAAGAGGAACAAGAGGAUCCUGGAUAACUGGGUCACCAUCCAGGAACUACUCGCUCAUGGAUCCAGGUCACCGGAUGGAAAGAAGGUGUAUAAUUCUCUUCUCUCUGUUACUACGGUGUGA